AUAUAACAAAGAAUAAUUCGUAAACCGCGCGCUGACAGCAAAGUUUGUUUACAAUGUAGGUGACUCAUGCGGUUUCCAGCGAGCACCCCGCCUAGGAACAAAGCAGGAAACGGGGCCAAUUUAGCGAUAUUUGGUGUAGCAAGAUUCAUAAGGCGACUCAAUUGCACAGUAGCAGUUCACUUCAUGGCUAACCCGUAUGUUUUCAUUUGCUUAGUCAUCAGCAUGGCAACUGUUGGUGUCAAAGCAGUUGAUGUAAUUGACUUUUUCCCGGAUGUUGGUGAUGACCUGAGUAAAAUUACUUGGGGUCAUGCCAUCAACGACAAAGACUUGUUGCAAAGUAGCAUUGAUAAUGCAACUAUAAUGAUGCUAGAAGCAGAUGUGUCCCCAGGACGUUUGAUAGGCCAGUCUCCAGAUGACCCCCACAUUCCCAUCAUGGCCCACCCACCUUACGAGACCUCAAACCUGUCCUUGGAAAUGUGGAUUGAUGAAGUGAUUAAGGCUAAUGAGUUUUCUGUAACACCACCUGUGAUGCUUGUCACUGUGGGCAGGCAUGGAAAUAUUGUCCUUGGAGCCAGCACUCUUUCAGUCAUGGCUCAUGGAAGGUACAUUCCACACUUGUGUCCUAAUGGAAAGAACAAAGGAGCCAAGCUUGAUUUCAAGAGUUUGAGCAUCGUCAAUUGGCUCCACAAUUACUGUCACAAUGAGCCAAUAGCCACAUUAUCGGUGGGAUGGACGACUCAGUACUCAGAGGAUAAGGUCGAGAUGGUCGAAGAGAUGGUAGCCACACUGGAGAAAAACAACAUAACUCAGCCAAUCACAUUUCCUAUACGCGCUGCUUUUGUAGGAGAGUCGCUAGAGAACCUAGAGUGGCUCCUUGAUUCCAUUCCAGACAGUACCAUUACUAUAUGGAGCUCAGAAAAUGACAAAAUUGAAGUUCUUGAUCUCAUAACCCUGCGUGAUAAUGUAGGUGAAGAUGCUGUUUAUGUUGACCUGCCAGAAGACCAAAUGAAGGAAUUUGAAGAAGCAAAGAAUGGUGGAGAAGGCAAUGGAGCUGUUGGAUUUCAGCUUCUUCCAAGUAAUACAUCUGUGUGGGUAACAACAGGGGUUGCCAUUGCAACAGCAUUAGCUGCUUUGUAUUUGUAUGACUAACAUUUUUUUUUUUUUUUUUUUUUAUAAGGUAGGAAGCUACAAUAUAAAGCAUUUAAUCAUCAUGCAAGACUUUCCAUCACACACUCUCACUCCAUUUUUUCCUUUUCCCUCUUUUCUUUUGUCUAUCUCUCUUCUAGUUUUCUCUCUCCUUGUCCCUCUAUCCUCUCCUCUCUCUCUAUUCUCUUCCUUUUCUGUCUUCCCCUUCUUUUUCUCUCUCUAUUUUUUUUCCUUUCUCUCCCCUUUCUCCUCUCUUUCCUGCCUUCACUUUCUGUCUUGUACAUAUUAUUAUGUUUAAGGUAACUGAAUACUUUGUAUACCUAGGUAAGAUAUAUAGAUAUAUACAUAUAUACACGCAAUGGGUGAAUUUAAUGGGUGAGGAAAUUAUAUUACUGGUUAAUGGUAACUGUAUUGGGUAUUUUCUUCCAUAUUUUUGACAAUGGAAUAAUAAAAUAUAUCACGGA